AUGGAUCCGACUGUAACUGGCUCAUAUGCCUAUGACAAGAAGUCUCGUGCGAAACAUGCCUGUCGGGUGUGCAAUUCAAGGCGAGUGCGCUGUAACGUCACCGAGAUCUAUCCCUGCUCCAACUGUGAGACUGCCGGCACGAAGUGCGAAGUCUUACCGUCCAAACGGGGCCGAUAUCCUCGUAAGAAGACGCGCCAAAAUAAGCACACGGGCUCCGGUGGCCAAGAGUCGGAAGCUGAAGCUGGAGCAGAAGCUGGAGCAGAAGCUGGAGCAGCGUCUGUUGCCCAUAGCCCACAUUCCACCACCCUUUCACACAGUCAUGCCGCGAGUCUUGAUCCCGUAUCACCGUUAGGACGUGACGCCAGUUUGGCUGCAGACCCAGCGCCAGAUCCUGGCGCAGACUUGGGUGACGAGAAUGCGAAUCGCGCAUCGUACAAAUCCCCAUCGUCCACCUCGACACCAGGCAAUCUGUUCUUUGGCGAAUCAAAUUUUCUUACGCUGGUGCCGGGCCGAACUCAGGCACAUGGCGAACGCUUGUCGCAAGGCCGCGAACAUGGCCAGAAAACCCGCUUCGUCUUCCCCACGCCCUCGACUCCUCAGUCGCAGACUGGAAGGGCAUCGCCUGCGAGCAUCGCCCACCUCAGUGCUGGCACAACCAGAUACCUACGAGACGAAGGGGCACUCACCUUUCCCGACCCCAAAACCUACCUGCCAGCCCUCGAGGCGUACUUCACCUGGUUCCAUCCAUGCUUCCCUGUUCUCGACCAUGCGGAUUUCGCGCAGCAGGUCUCGGCCUCGGUGGUUUCGCCAAUGCUGCUCCAAGCUGUUUUGUUUAUUGGUGCUACGUAUUGUGGCGAUGACACUAUCGCCAUGAUGGGCUUCAAGGACAGAUCCGAGGCCAAAUCGCUCCUGUACACACGAGCCCGACUGCUGUUCCACGCCGAUUGGGAGAAGGACGAGAUCACUCUUUUACAGUCCCUCUUUCUCCUCAGCUUCUGGCGGGGUGGGCCGUCGGACGUGAGGGAUGUGCGGUAUUGGCUUGGAGUCGUCAUUAGCCUGGCCGAAUCAUACGGCUACCAUCGAUUGUCACGUCUGAGAAGGAGGCUAUGGUGGUCUAUCUACGAUGCCGACGAAGGAGGGUCCUCGGUGUGGGCCUCUCUCCUCCACCUAUCUUAUAAGAUCACGAGCGUCUUCGCAGCCCUAUGCAUCCACGUCAUCUGUAUUAGAAGAGGGGUCGAUGUCUCGCGACGGAUAGCUGAGACACGCGCUCAAAUGUGCCUCCUUGGCCUCAAAGAGAUACAGAAAUACUGGAGGAUCAACAUCAACGUGCUCGACCUUUUCCUCCAGUAUCUCGAUGAAUCGAUUGCCAAGAGGCUUCACGGCGAUCAACACGAGACCUCUCUUCAUAGUUCGACAAUUGUUGAUGCUGUCAACCCAGUAGACUCGGUCGUCGACAUGGCAGACUCAGGUGCAAGGGCUCCGACUUCUGAUGCAGAACCCGAUAAUCUGGCGCAGAUUCGCCCCCACGAAUCUUACGAGGACCCCUACUUCGCCCUGCUCAACGGCUGGGAUGGUGAUCAUUCGCUGGCGGACAUUGGCCUGUUUUUGCAGUCGGAUGAUUUCAUGCAGGCUGAGGGUCUUACAUUCCUUGAAAGAUCGCUCUGAACACUUGAGUUGGCACAUUGGGCUUGCAUUCAUUUGGGGUGGGUUUGGUAGGGCGCUGGGACACGCUCUGGGCUGGCCCCUUGAAUGGGGUUCGCUAACAAGGGCGCUGGAUCCAUUCGGCUAUUUGGCCUCUGAUCAAGUAGCCGAGCAGUCAGCAACCUCACCAACUCGCAGCUCCUCGAGCAGCCCCAAACAGCGCUUAGGCAAGGGAAGGAAAAUACAGUUCAUUAGGAAUUGACGACAACUUUGGUGCCUUACUCUAGGCCCUCUCUGAAUUAUCAACCUUCUCAUUC